GGCGCGGAGCCCGGCCUCGGGCAAGUGCCCGGCAGCGGUGGGCCCCUCGCCCGGCAGGACGCUCCCCCUCGGCCCCCGGGAGGUGGGCGCCCCCCUGCCCGGCCGGUCCCCGGGCCUCCGCCCAGGCCAGCUGCCAGUCGGGCGGCCUGGCCACAGCCCUGCACAGGCACUGGCGCCCGGACCUGCCCGGGCAGCCGCCACCCGCGCUGGGCGAGAUGCUGCCCCCACCCCCUUAGGCCCACGGGAUCAGGAGCUAUGGGGCCGGGGACCCUCUCAUCUCUACUGCUGCUGCUGUUCUCGGUGGCAACUGGAGGUGCUGACAUGACAGGACAUUUCAACCCUGCCAAGUGCCGCUAUGCCCUGGGCAUGCAGGACCGGACCAUCCCAGACGGGGACAUCUCUGCCUCUAGCUCCUGGUCAGACUCCACGGCUGCUCGCCACAGCAGGCUGGAGAGCAGCGAUGGGGACGGGGCCUGGUGCCCAGCAGGGCCGGUCUUUCCCAAGGAGGAGGAGUACCUGCAGGUGGAUCUUCGGCGGCUGCACCUGGUGGCUCUGGUGGGCACCCAGGGGCGGCACGCUGGAGGCCUGGGCAAAGAGUUCUCACCCAGCUACCGGCUGCGCUACUCCCGGGACGGCCACCGCUGGAUGGACUGGAGGGACCGCUGGGGUCAGGAGGUGAUCUUGGGAAAUGAGGACCCGGGGGGAGUGGUGCUGAAGGACCUGGGGCCCCCCAUGGUGGCCCGACUGGUUCGCUUCUACCCCCGGGCUGACCGGGUCAUGAGCGUCUGUCUGCGGGUGGAGCUCUACGGCUGCGUCUGGAAAGAUGGACUGCUAUCAUACACGGCCCCUGUGGGGCAGACCAUGAACUUGAUGAACUUGGCUGAGGCCGUGCACCUCAACGAUUCCACCUACGAUGGACACACCACGCACACCAUUGGCGGGCUGCAGUAUGGAGGGCUGGGCCAGCUGGCGGAUGGUGUGCUGGGGCUGGACGACUUUCGGAAGAGCCAGGAGCUGCGGGUCUGGCCGGGCUAUGACUACGUGGGAUGGAGCAACCAUAGCUUCCCCAGCGGCUACGUGGAGAUGGAGUUUGAGUUUGACCAGCUCAGGGCCUUCCAGGCCAUGCAAGUUCACUGCAACAACAUGCACACCCUGGGAGCCCGCCUGCCUGGCGGGGUGGAGUGUCGCUUCAAGCGAGGCCCAGCCAUGGCCUGGGAGGGGGAGCCUGUGCGUCACGUCCUGGGGGGCAGCCUGGGGGACCCCAGAGCCCGGACUGUGUCGGUGCCCCUGGGCGGCCGUGUGGCCCGCUUCUUGCAGUGUCGCUUCCUCUUUGCUGGGCCGUGGCUACUCUUCAGUGAGAUCUCCUUCAUCUCUGAUGUUGUGAAUGAGUCCUCCCUGGCUCUGGGGGGCACCUUCCCACCAGCCCCCUGGUGGCCACCUGGCCCACCUCCCACCAACUUCAGCGGCUUGGAGCUGGAGCCCCGGGGCCAGCAGCCCGUGGCCAAGGCAGAGGGCAGCCCGACGGCCAUCCUCAUCGGCUGCCUGGUGGCCAUCAUCCUGCUGCUGCUGCUCAUCAUUGCCCUCAUGCUCUGGCGGCUGCACUGGCGUCGGCUCCUCAGCAAGGCCGAGCGGCGGGUCUUAGAAGAGGAGCUGACAGUACAUCUCUCUGUCCCUGGGGACACCAUCCUCAUCAACAACCGCCCGGGCCCUCGAGAGCCACCCCCCUACCAGGAGCCCCGGCCUCGUGGGAACCCAGCCCACCCUGCCCCCAGUGUCCCCAACGGCUCUGCGUUGCUGCUCUCCAAUCCGGCCUACCGCCUCCUUCUGGCCACUUACGCCCGUCCCCCUCGAGGCCCGGGCCCCCCCACACCCGCCUGGGCCAAACCCACCAACACCCAGGCCUGCAGUGGGGACUACAUGGAGCCUGAGAAGCCAGGUGCCCCGCUUUUGCCCCCACCUCCUCAGAACAGCGUCCCCCACUAUGCGGAGGCUGACAUUGUCACCCUGCAGGGCGUCACGGGGGGCAACACCUACGCCGUGCCCGCGCUGCCCCCCGGGGGGGCUGGGGACGGGCCCCCCAGAGUGGAUUUUCCUCGGUCACGGCUCUGCUUCAAGGAGAAGCUUGGCGAGGGCCAGUUUGGGGAGGUGCACCUGUGUGAGGUGGAGCGCCCUCAGGAGCUGGUCAGUCUCGAUUUCCCCCUUAGUGUGCGCAAGGGGCACCCCCUGCUGGUAGCUGUCAAGAUCCUGCGGCCGGAUGCCACCAAGAAUGCCAGGAACGACUUCCUGAAGGAGGUGAAGAUCAUGGCGAGGCUGAAGGACCCCAACAUCAUCCGGCUGCUGGGCGUGUGCGUGCAGGACGACCCUCUCUGCAUGAUCACCGACUACAUGGAGAACGGCGACCUGAACCAGUUCCUUAGUGCGCACCAGCUGGAGGACAAGGCGGCCGCGGGGGCCCCUGAGGGUGGGGAGCCCACCCAGGGGCCCACUAUCAGCUACCCGAUGCUUUUGCACGUGGCAACCCAGAUCGCCUCGGGCAUGCGCUACCUGGCCACCCUCAACUUCGUGCACCGCGACCUGGCCACCAGGAACUGCCUGGUCGGGGAAAAUUUCACCAUCAAAAUCGCCGACUUCGGCAUGAGCAGGAACCUCUACGCCGGGGACUACUACCGGGUUCAGGGCCGGGCAGUGCUGCCCAUCCGCUGGAUGGCCUGGGAGUGCAUCCUCAUGGGGAAGUUCACCACGGCCAGCGACGUGUGGGCCUUCGGCGUGACCCUGUGGGAGGUGCUGAUGCUCUGCCGGGCCCAGCCCUUCGGGCAGCUGACAGACGAGCAGGUCAUCGAGAACGCGGGGGAGUUCUUCCGGGACCAGGGCCGCCAGGUGUACCUGUCCCGGCCACCUGCCUGCCCCCUGGGCCUGUAUGAGCUGAUGCUUCGGUGCUGGAGCCGGGAGCCAGAGCAGCGGCCGCCCUUUUCCCAGCUGCACCGGUUCCUGGCAGAAGAUGCACUCAACACAGUGUGAAUCCUGACCAGCCACCUCCCUCUCCCUCGGGCUCAGAGGAGCCAGGCGCCAUCCGGAGGAGCCCAUGGCCCCGCCCCUGCCCGUUACCUCUGAGAGGCAGUGUGACCCCUCGCUGCUCCCCUCCUAGCAGCGCCCCCGCCCACCCAGCGGGCCUGUGGCCAGACCCUCUCAGGCCUCUUCUGGCCGUCCCUUGGGGAGGCCUGGGGCAGACACAGGGCAGACACUGGACUUGGCCUCUGGAGCCCCUGGGCCCCUGGACAACACUGGUUCUUGGAGGGAAGGUGUGGCCACAGCCUCGCUCUCCGUCACACACUGGACCCCACUGGCUGAGGGCCUGGGAGGCGAGGAGGGCGCAGAAGGACUUGUCCUCCGCUUGGCUCCCUCCCGCCAUCCACAGAAACACUGGACCUGGGUGGCCCUGCCUGGCCCGUCACGCCCACUCUCCUGCCCGUUAGAGCUAGAACUCCUCUAAGCCGACGUUUCUGUGGAAUAAAUAUUGGAAUUGGGGGACAGAGGGGAACACGCCCAUGGCCCUGGGGCCAGGCAUCUCUGUCGUAGCUGCCACAUUGGUUUUUCUAUGAUCACUUGGGGUUUGUACAUUUUUGGCGGAAGAGACACAGAUUUUUACACUAAUAUAUGGAUCAAGCUCCGUGUAAUUUUAAUCCCCUGCACUAGGCAGGUAACAAUAAAGGUGAGUUUUCCACA